AUGGGUAUUCCGCUUUCAAGGCCUGUGCUCACCCGCAUUCAUGAACGUUACGGGAAUGAUGUGUUUCGCUGUGGUUCAUGCUGCGUGAAUGGCUACCGGGAAACCAUGGAGGACGCGCACCUUGUCUAUCUUCAGUCUAAUUGGGGUUUCUUCGGCGUCUUUGAUGGACACGUAAAUGAUGAGUGUUCAAUGUAUUUGGAAAAAGCUUGGCGUGCCGUUAUGGAACGCGAGAAAGAUAAUAUUCCUCUUAGCGACGACCGCUUACGUGAAAUUACCCUUCGAAUUGAUCAAGAGUGGAUGAAUUCGGGGCGGGAGGGCGGUAGCACAGGUACUUUCUUUAUAGGAACAAAAGAAGGUAAUAAAAUCCAUCUUCAGGUUGGUAAUGUCGGUGACUCACGUGUGGUGGCCUGCAUUAAUGGUGUAUGCAACCCUCUCACUGAAGAUCACAAGCCAAACAAUGAAACAGAAAGGAAACGUAUUGAGGAAUGCGGCGGGCGCGUGGAGAACAACCGUGUGGACUCCUGUUUAGCCGUAAGUCGCGCGUUUGGGGACCGAGACUAUAAGACAAACUGUGCUGGACAGCUUAUGCAGAAGGUUAUCGCCCUCGCCGACGUCACCCAUGCUGAUUUAACCUAUAAUAGUGAUGACUUUGUGAUCCUAUGCUGCGAUGGCGUCUUUGAGGGGGAAUUUACAAACGAAGAUGUGAUUUAUUUCAUUAAGGAUCAACUGGGAACAACAGAUGACCUCUGUGAGGUUGCCGCAAAGGUCUGCGAGGAGGCUAUUGAGCGAGGAAGUCGCGACAACAUCUCGUGUGUUAUUGUUCAAUUUAAGAAUGGACAAGACUACAACAAGGACCCGCAUCAUUCUAUAGUACCAGGACCGUUUUCGGUACCCAAACAAGCGAACUUCCGCAAGGCGUACGAAAACAUGGCCGAAAAAGGCAUGACAACUGUUGGUGCUUUGCUAGAGAAACGCUAUGAUAUGAUCAAGGACCUAGUCAACUUUACAUCCGAUCUAGAAGAGGAGAUUAACAUCUUCGCCGAAGGUCCCCCAUUAAACCUAUCGGGAGCGGCGCGCACAGAGUGGUUUUCCAAUCUUUAUCAACAUGUAUGUGAAACUUAUAAUGCGUCUCCACAAACCGAUCUUGAACGUUUUCAACUCAUCCAGCAACAAGUGGGUGUACCACUAACUGCAUUGCUUUCGAUAAUGAACGACUCUUCGUUACCUUGA